GUCAUCAACGCAUCAACUCCUCAUUGCAAUUAUAAUUCCUAUCAUUUCCUAUAUCAUCUAAACCUUCUUUUAACAAAAACCAAAAUGAUGAACAAGCAAUCUGUCUUGCCCUUCUCACUAGCAUUGCUAGUUUCAUUUUUGAAUUGCACCGCCACCUUAGCCCAAUUAUCACCAGCUUCUGCCCCUCUCAAACCACCCCAACCUGCUCCUACCAUACCAGCUGCUGCUCCUCAACAACCAUUGGUUCCUUCAUUGCCACAAUCACCAAGUGAUUCCACCCCUGACAGUACUCCAACUGUUGACAUUGUUGGAAUCCUGAGAAAGGCAAAGUCAUUCAACAUCCUAAUCCGCCUCAUGAAAACCACCCAAUUGAUCAACCAACUCAAUGCACAGCUCCUCACUACUAAAUCCGGAGGCAUCACCAUUCUUGCCCCAGAUGACAGUUCCUUCUCUGAACUCAAAGCAGGCUUCCUCAACUCUCUUUCUGAUGGCCAAAAGCUCGAGCUCUUACAGUUCCACGUUAUUUCAGACUACGUGUCUAGCUCCAACUUUGAUACACUGACCAACCCCGUGAGAACACUGGCAGGGGCUAAACCUGGAAAGGUGGAACUGAAUGUGAUAAGUUAUGGAGGGAGUGUGAACAUCUCGACGGGUGAGGUGAACACCACCAUCACUGGCAUUAUAUAUACCGAUAAACAUCUUGCUUUAUAUAAGGUGGGAAAGGUGCUUCUUCCUAUGGACUUCUUUGUUGUUGCCAAGGCACCUGCAAAGGCACCCUCGUUGGCACCAGAACCUUCAAGUGACGCGGCAAAGGCGCCUAAAGCUGAUAAGGAUGAGUCAUCAUCUUCAGAUUCGUCACAGGUUAAUUCCGCUGAACAGAACUCUGGCACCGCCAAGAUGAUCAGUGUGUAUGGAAAGUGGGUGUCAAUUGGACUUGGACUUGGACUUGCAUUGGUGGCAACAACGAUGCAAACUUGAUUGAGACGGAUGCACUCUUUAAACACCCAUGUGUCUUUAUAUAUGUGUUGUCUUGUUUUGGACUUAGUAUAUAUACUGUAUGUUAGCCUAGGAAGAUUGUGCUGUUUUCUUUUUUCUUCAAGAAUAAUUUUCCUAAAAUAUGUAGAACUAGUACUAAUAUUUUAAACUACAGGUGGACAAAAUUAAAGAA